AUGACCGAUUCACCGCGCGGCCACAGCUCGGGCAUCGCGACUCCAGCUGCUGCUCCCCCUCCAGCACCGCCCUUACCUCCGCCGCCCCCUCCAGCGCCGCCUCUGCCUCCCCAGCGCUACACUAACAGAGCUACCAGUGCUCUUGCGCGGCUCGCGCAUCCAUUCAUCUACGGAUCCAGACCCCCCAGCCCGCAGCCCACUUCUCCACUGCCAGUCCCAACACCCCCUCCAGCGCUGGUGACCAGGCCCAGCUAUACCAUCUCUCCUCCUGGCAGCGCUCCGAUCAUCACCCACAAGACGGGUAUCCCAAUAUCCGCGGUCGAUAUCUCUCCACAGCGUACUCAUGCCGUCGUUGCAGGGAGAGAGAUCCUGAAGACGAUACGAGUCACAUCCUCGCGGUGCACCGAAGAGACAAACAUACGAUCUGCUGUGAUUGGGCACUCGUCCGGCCACCACCACCACUCGUCUGGAGCUUCGAGCAAAAACAAGGAACACCUGGCUACCAAGGAUGUCAAGUGGUCUCACUCAGAAUAUAGCCGAAUCAUCGCCGCCGCCACAAGCAAUGGGCGUAUCGUUGUCUAUGACCUGAGUCGUCCUGGCGUGGAAUAUGGCCGGUUCCAUGAACAUUCUCGCCAGGUCCAUCGACUCGCGUUCAGCCCGUACCGAGGCGCCUGGCUGCUUUCCGGCAGCCAGGAUGCAACCGUGCGAUUGUGGGACUUGCGCACGGUAUCCAGUGAGAGAGCUGCAAUGCACAUUGGGAGCACGAACGUAUUCAAUGGUCACAGCGAGGCUGUGCGGGAUAUUAGGUGGUCACCUGCCGAACCUGUAGAGUUCGCCACAGCUACUGAUAGCGGAGUCAUUCAGCGUUGGGAUAUCCGUAAAGAUAAUGUGCCUGUGAUACGCAUAAACGCCCAUGAAAAGGCUUGUUCGUCGGUCGACUGGCACCCUGACGGGAAGCAUCUUCUCAGUGGGAGUGUAGAUCGUCAAGUGAAAGUGUGGAACUUUUCUUCAACAGAUCGAAGACAGAAACCAUGUUUACAGUUAAGAACACCGCAAGCUGUCUUAAAUGCUCGAUGGCGACCGCCAUCGUUGACUGGCCAUGAUUACGAAACGGCCAGCUGGGAGUCUACCCAGAUCGUGACUUCGUACGAUCAAGAAGACCCCCGUAUUCACUUGUGGGAUUUUAGAAGACCACAUAUCCCUUACAAGGAGAUUGAUCGUUAUACCAACUCAGCAACAGACUUGCUAUGGCAUUCUCAGGAUUAUCUAUGGACGGUCAGUUCAGAGGGCAUAUUCAUGCAGACCGAUAUCAGCCUGGCCCCCGACGCCAUAGAACGAAGACCCCCCUGUGCAGUAACAUGGAGCCCUGACGGAAGGCUGCUUGCGUUCUUUGAACCACGCCAGAGAAGACACAAGCAAAGCUUCAAUUAUAGUAAUACCGAAACUGCGGAGUCCAUGCCCGUGCCCAUUCCCCGAAAGGGUAAAGAGGGCGAUGACAAGCUCCUUACGGCCAGCCAUAGUCUAACUGACGAAGGCGGCGCCGAGGACAUUUCCCAGAUGAUCGCCUUGCGGAAACGAUCCAGCAAAAUGUCGUCGGCAAGGAGCUCCAAGUCCCUCAGUGCCACUCCUCCCAUGCAAGAUGAUGAGCUGCAGGUCGUCCCGCUGGUGAAAUCAGUUGGUAAUAUUAAGGAUCUCACCAAUCAGCAGGAUGGGAUGAUAGGACGCGUUGAAGGAGCAACGUUCAGCCCAGAAGCAUUCCAUUACCUGGUACAUCAUUAUUCACCGUUAUUGGCAGACCCGCUCAACCAGCGAAAUAUGUCGGUUGAAGUGGUCAAGUAUCUUCUUGACGGACUUGACGAGAAUACCAUGCAGGCCGAAGCUGUGCACUUCGGACGACUAGCUCAGACAUGGCGGAUCGUAAGAUAUGCCAUUUCACAGGAACUGCUCAAUCAGCAUAAACAGCGCCAACUUGAGCUGAGGCACGGUAACCUCAAGCCAGCGGUCAAAGUUGGUAGCCGUGGCAGUAAUACUAAUCUGUUGAAGCAUGAUACAACUAUCUCGGAUAAGGCGAAGAGUCGCAUCUUCAAGGGUGUCGUUGAUGGUGAUUCCCAGAGACUCAUGACUUUAAGUCCAGAACCUAACUCCAAUGCUACAACCCCGCUUGCACGCCCUAUACCUGAUUCCUCAAUUGGUGCCGCCAUCGCAAGUGGCCAGGUACCAAAUACAGGCUUAAACGAGGAACUCGGACAACUCAGACCCAUUCCAUCCCUCAUCCUAUCAAGUGAUGAAGUGUUAAGCAAACAGGCACAAGCUAGCGGGACCGGCCAGGAGGAUUCCGAGACCGGAUGGCCACAGGAUAGCACGGGGGUUAAAACACCGACCAACAAACGUCCAACAGGUGAUGAGUCCAUCGCGGAUCAAACCAGGUCUGCUCCCCGCGCCAUUUCUGGAAGAGCCGAAUGGAGGCGUGAGGAGAAACCUCGCCCCAAACCCGGUAACGAUAAAACAGCAAUCAAAGGUCGUGACGAAGUAAAUGAAGGGCCCAUCAAAAAGGACAACGACAAAGCUUCCGCUUCGCAGGAUUAUCAGGUUUUCCGUAAACGCCUACUAUCGAUGGAACGUGCGACGCAAGAGAGACCAGCUAUACCAGUUACCUACAAACGUCACGAUUCAGGUGAGAGCUUUCCCAUGUUCUCAGCCUCAGACAGUUCACACCGCACCAAGUCCUUUGAUGAAACGUCUACUUCGCUCACAAAUGAUACGUCGCGAUAUGAAGGUGGUGGAUGGUCUGCUGCCGCUGAGGGGUCACUGCAUAAUAUCCCCGAAUUGGAGGGGAGUUCUCCCCCCAGACCUGGACGAUGGGAUAAUCGCAGCGAUUCGAUGAGUGAUAUGUCAUUGGACGAUGUACCCCAAUCAGCCACCGUCGACCUUGAAAGACCAGCUAGCCCGUUCCCAUUCCUAGCAGAGUCAUCGCCCAUCAAGGAGCCCUCGCGUGUUGGAUAUUCACGCCCUCCUGCACAGUUUAAGCCUUCUGCGGGUUCUCGCCAUCCAUCUCUACCUACCGAGACAAGCAUUACUCUACCACUUUGCCCGAAAUCCACAUCAGACACGCCAUGGGGUGUUCAAACCAUUGUGAGAGAAAUAAUCAAACAUUAUUGCAGCAGUUCGUCUGUAGACAUACUCUCUGCAUCCCAUCUCCUCCAUAAGAUGCACAUUCUCUACAGUUCAUGCGAUGAACUUCUUCCGCAAGGGGAACGGGAUCUAAUUUUCAAAACCUUCAAUGAACAACUCCUGAGGCAAGGCAUGUUUGUCGAAGCCGCUGAGUUUCGACUUGUUUGCGUCCCUUCAUACCCGACCGUAUAUGACUAUGCCCAGAAGGAUACAUUCAUUAACGUUUUUUGUUUUGAAUGUAACAAACCUUAUGAAAACCCUGUACAUGAUAACAAGCUAUGUCAUCGCUGCAACACCGCUCAGCCACCAUGUACGAUUUGCGUCAGCCGGAACCCACCUCCCGAAUGGGCGGUUGAUAGCAACCCCAACUCCAACUCCAGCUUAUCAACCAGUCCUAACCCAGACGGCUCUCCAAGUACCAUUAGCCCGCUUGAAGACGGACUUGCGCAUCAACAGCAAGAACAGCCUGGGUUCAGACUACAUGGUUCCGGCCUUUGGUCGUGGUGCCAGACCUGCGGCCACGGUGCUCACACAGCCUGCCUAACCGCAUGGCUAACGGAUAUAUCGCUCAGUGAAGGAGGUUGUCCUACCCCCGGAUGCUUCCAUGACUGUGGUCCUGGCCCCAGACGAGAACAGAACCGUCUCGCCCAACAAGAAGCUAGCAAGAGAUCCCGUAACGCGUUCUAUGGCCGCAAACCCAGCUCAACGUUCAUCAAGAGAGAUUCAUGGACAGCUGGUGAAAGCAGAGCCGUAGAAAGGGUAAGGGGCAUGCUUGGUGGCGGGCCUCCUGGGGCUCCUGAUACGGGCUCGACGGGAGGGUCAGGUAAUGCGCCUGGCACUGGCCCUGGAACUGGAACUGGCGUGGGCUCAUCGGCCAUUGUCUCGCCAAAGAAAGUCAGGCUAGUUGCGCCUGGCGAGCAGGGUGAUCCCCAAGAUUAA